AUGACAGAUUUUACAGAUGAGGAUUUGGAUAACUAUCUGCAGAACCAGGUGGAUCUCCGGCACCGGCAGGUUUUUAAAACUGUGGAGGAGGUUCAGAAAAUCAUCCAGGCCCUGACUGCAGAAGUCAGCAGAAAGGACGUGAGGUUUCACUCAAUCGCCAACUCAGGAAUACACAAUGAUAACGUCAAAGAUCAGCCAGCUUUAAUAGCCAAAUGGUCAGCUCUUCUGAGAGGAAAAAGUGCAUUCAACCCAGCUAUACAGGUUCUUACCCCCACAUUGUUCCUGGUCUCUGUCCCUGUUAGGGGCCUCUCAGGGUACAAGGAGCGCAGAGCAAGGCAGUGGCGCUACUACACCCUGAGUGGCUCCAAGCUGCUCUCCCCUGUGCGUGAGCCAGAGAAGCUGCACCAGUGGCUGGAGUUGGAGAACUUCACUACCAGCUGCCAGGAGUGGCACAACUCCAGUGUGGCCAUUGAGGGGGACAUCGUCCCGGCCAAAGUAGGGAACCUCUUCAAAGAACUGCUGGAGACCUCCAUCGAAAGCUGCAACCUUACUAGGAAAGUGAGUAUAUUAGAGAGUGUAGGGUCAGUGGUGCGUGUUGCCGUGGAAACAUCAGAGCUACAGGUUGAGGUGGAACUUAUUCCAACUGUGGAGCUCAUAAACUGCUGGCCAAAAAAAGCACGAUGGCCCAGAUUCUUCAAACGGUGGCCCUCAAAGGAGAGAGCUCGAUGCAGUAAGUCUUUUGGGUUUAACCUGAUGGCUUCCUCCAAUUACCACUGGUUCCUGUCCUUCACACGGGUGGAACAGGUUUUGAUGGGCAGCAUUGACGAAGAUGGGGGCUGCAGGAGGAAGUGCUACCGGGUCAUCAGGCAGUUAAAAGAGGAUACUUGGUGCCCUGGAAGUAAACCUGUCAUCACUGCUUAUCAUCUACAGACACUUCUGAUGUGGACUUGUGAGAAAUACCCUGGUACCAAAGACUGGCGGAACUUUAAAAAGAGCUUCCUCCGGCUUGUUAAGAAGCUACACAAGUGUGUGAGCCAGAGGUACCUGAGGCACUUCUUUGUGAGGGGCUACAACCUGCUAAAAUACACCAACACCAUCGAGCUGGACAUCACGGCUAAGAAAAUCUCAGAUUUCCUAGAGAAUCCUGGGCUCUACAUCCACUAACUUAAAGAUACGAGAAAACAGAAUUUAGCAAAGAAAAAGUCAUGACUGUCCUUGUAUGUGCGUCUGCACCCAUAUAACGUGGUGCAACACAGUAGAAGUAGUGCAGCAAAGCUAAAAACACACUGAAAGCAUGGUUCAGCACAGACAAGCAAAAUGAAUCCCUGAGAACUGUAGUAAAGCAUGCUAAAAACCAGUUAGCCUUGGAAAAGCACAGAAAAUGCAGUAUAGUCUUGAAAAAACUAUUGUAAACCUGCAAAAAUGACUGUGACAUAGGCUUUUAUAAGGGCAGUUCUUUCUUUCUUUCUUUCUUUCUAAAUGUUUUUGAGCUCAUGUAAUAAUUCAUGAUGUCAUUUAUUUGAUAAAUCUUUUGCAAAGACGGUUUUGAUGAAUUAAUUAAAGUUGGUUAUUCAUGAAACUGUUAGGUUGUUGUCAAUGUCUUUAUGUAAAUAAAACUGUAUUUAAUCCAUCACAAGCUUUGAAUGAGUUAAAAGCUUGGUGUUGGUGUAACAGGCAGUGUCAGGUGACACAACAGUGAUGAGGUGAACAGAACCAUUAUAGGCUCACUGAUUCACUCCCAGACUCCUCCUCCUUGCACCUAACCACAGUAUGACACUUUGAAAAGUUUAACCCUAACCCCACAAUGUGGAUGAGGUGGCAUAUGCAUUGAUGUUUUGGUUUAUUAUUUUUAAUCCUGGCAUUGUUGCUCACAAUGUUGACUUUUUCUACUGUUUUAAUGUAUGUUGCAUGCCCAAUGUUUGUUAGGAAGUCAUUCAUUAUUCGGGUUCUACUAUUUUAUUCCCUAAUGUACCUCUAUUAACAUUAAUGUGGGAACAGGAGAUUGUGUGUGUUG